AUAUAUACCCACACACACACACACACAUUAUAUGUACUUGACGUUUAGCAGACGAUAAAUCCCGUAAGCAUAAACGUAAACAAAAAUUAAUAGUAAAGAAGCAGGUAGCUGACAUAUCGUGUAUACUUGACGAACUUUCCGUAAACAGACUUCCCGAAUACUCAAAUUUGCCGAGAAAAUUUACGGAGUAUUAGUGAGCAAAAGUUUAUAAUUUCAGUGCAAUUGUUGUAUGAAAUAGAAGGUCUGCUAUUUUUCUACUUUUAGUUGUCGUUUUACUGUUCCUCUAAAUUCUACCAUAGCGCAAUUGCUAUGGGACAAAUAAGUGAUAAGUUGAAAAGUAUGGCUGUGUCAGAAGAACGAGUGGCCUACGAUGAAGCAAGCAACAAUGGGUUGAUCAUCAGAGAAAAUUAUAUCCCCGAAGAGUUGCUCUGUGAGAUACUUUGUUAUGUUGAUCACAAAACUCUGUGCAAUUGUCAGUUGGUCUGCAAGCAGUGGCUUGAACUUAUUCAAGGAUAUGUUUGGCGCAAGAAAGCUGAACGUACAUUGGGCAAAACACUGCCGGUUGAUGAAAAUGCACCAUGGACCAUGUAUUAUUUCAUCUGUGAUAAAAAAGCGUUUGGCAGAAACUUGAUAAAGAACCAUUCUGGAAAAACUAGAGUCAACUCAGACUGGACAAUAGUAAAUGAUGGAGGUGAUGGCUGGAAAGUGGAAAAUCCACCUGUUGGUGUACCGGCACUACCAGAUGAUCCAGUGUUUGAAGGAAAACAGUGUUGCUUUGUCACUUCUUACGAUCGUUGCUGUAAACAGCAAACAAUUGAUUUGUUGGACGAAGGCUUUACAGAAUAUUUACUCGAUAAUUUACAACCUACAAUAAAGGUGAGUGAAUGGUAUAGUUCUCGAUGGGAUUGUCCAGCACUUUAUGUAUGCACCGUUGAAUUGUUACAAAAAGGAGAAGGAUUAAGUGAUGUUAUCCAGUCUUACAAUUUUUCAAAAAUCCUUGAAGGUGAAGAACAAAAUCAAUGGUUUAAAUUUGAACAUGAGUUUAAAAAUUAUGGCCCAGGACUGAGAAAAAUCAGUUUUUCCCAUGGUGGACAAGAUAGAAGUUUUUGGUCUGGAUAUUAUGGCAGUAAAAUGGCAGGUGCUUGUGUAAAACUAGAAAUUCCAGAUUUUCAUCAUAAUGAUGAUUCAGAAAAAGUAGAUAUUGAUAAACAAGAUUAGUAUUUUUAAGAUUUUUUUAUGUAAUUUAAUUAUGAGAGAUAAAUUGUAUAUAUAUAAAGAUGUUCGGUAACUGUGCAUUUGAACACUAUACAGAUAUACCUAUUUGUGUGAAUACUGUGUUGACACAGUUAUUUGUUACUUUUCAAAAUGUCAUAUAUUUAUACAUAACUGUCAAAAAUUAUGAAAAAUUAAAACUUACAAUUAAUAACAGUAUAUAAAUUUUAUAUGCUUGUUGAUAUACUUUUAUAAAUUAUAAUAUUAAGUACUUAAAUUGUUAAACAUAUAAAUUAUGGUAUAAUUUAAAUAAUUUUUCCUUUAAUGAAAUUAGCGCUUAUGUAAUUACUCAACAAUAUUAUUUAUUAGCUAUUAGUUAAAUGAAAUUUUUCACAUUUUAUGUACUUGCAUUAUAUAAACAGUAUUUUUAUAAAUAAUAAGUAAAUAAUUUUGUAAUAUAUCUAUAUUUUAAAAUAAACAGCUUUUUAAAAUUAUUGAA